CAGAACUGACCCUCACAAACUACUGACACAGUGCUGGACUAGAAGAGCUACAGGGGAAGCAGAGGAAAACCCUGAAAGCAAAACUACAAAAGUAAAACAUCAACAUUUAACAUAGGUUCCAGACAUCAAAGUUUGAAAAGGUAGCUUCCUUGAAAACGAAUCCAUCACUGAAGAAUGGCAUCACGAGCUUUUCAAAUUUCUGCACUGCUUCUGGCUUUUCUGGGUCUCCUCCUUGUACUUGGUACCACUGUGUCCAGUAACUGGAAAAUUUGCAUCACAGUGACAACAUUUACUUGGUUUUAUGAAGGUCUUUGGAUGCACUGCACAACUACUUCUAUGAGCGUAGUUCAGUGUGAGAAAUUCCACUCCUUCCUAUAUUUACACACUUAUAUUCAAGCAUGCCGAGCCCUGAUGAUCUUGUCUCUUGUGUUGGGUGUGUCUGGCACUCUUCUGGCAUUGCUUGGUUUAAGGUGCACUCAGCUUGGGACCGCAACCGAAACCAAAAAAGCAAAGAUUGCCAUGAUAGGUGGAAUGAUGUUCAUUUUAUCAGGUCUCUCAUCAAUGGUUGCUGUUUCAUGGUAUGCAGCAAGGGUCAUGGCUGAAUUUUUUGACUCAUUGUAUGGUGGAACCAAAUAUGAACUGGGAUCAGCACUGUACCUAGGCUGGGCUGGUUCUACCCUUUCAAUACUUGGUGGGAUCUUCUUGACAUGUGCAUCAUGCAAAGGAAAACCAAAGGCCCAAAAACAUGAUUACACCGCUGCACAGAGCACCAGUGAGCCUUGUAUUUACAUCAAGAAAUCUGAGUCAGUCAUACCUGCCAAGGAUUAUGUUUAGAUUAUUUAACAUUUUAUAUUCUCCAACUCAUUGCAACAUCACCACCACCAUCCCUCCACCUUCAGACAGAAAUUUUUCUUCUCAGUACUGAAAGCCACAGCACAUAUAGAAUUUCUGAGAAUGCAUAUGAACUGUAGGGUCAUGGGAAGUGGCCAUAUGAGAAUGCUAGUCACAACAAUAUAGCAUAUCCCCCAAACUCAACUGGGAAUGGCUCUCUUCCCCAGCCCAUUUUGUUAAGGGCACAAUCCUGUGCAUGGCUGACUGGGGAAUGUGGGGAAUUGUAGGACCUUUUCUGGUCAGAACAUGCAUAAGAUUGCAGCCUAAAUGUGUGUUUUUUAUUUUACCAGAACACUGUAAACCUAUGAGAAUUCUCAGGAAGAAUAUUACUGAGAACUGUCCAGAGGGUUUAAUAUUCAGCUGAACAUUGAUAGGUAGUGUCUGAUGAAUGAGUUAGCUCAUCCUGACUAGCUGUCAAGGACUUCUUAAUAAAGCUAUUAUAAUAGUAGUGUUUAUAUAGCUUUGCAAUGCAGCCCUAUGUAUGCCUACACCAGAGUGCGUCUCCUUGUUUGCAGCCUCAAAGUGUUCAAAGUGCUUCAUGCACUUAUCUCAGAAACCUUUACAACAGCCUGUAUGUUAGGCCAGAAUGGCCCCAUAUUGCAGCCAGGGGAGUGAGUGGAGGUGGGGAGUGAGUGGCUGCAGCUGCAGUAGUGGUGAGAUUUGAACUGGGGACUUUCAAGUUCACCACUCUUAGCCACUGCUAUAGGAUCUUUCUGCUGCCAGAUGUGUUAAGAGACAUUUUGGCAAGAAGCUUAGUUACAUUUUUAUAGCAACUUUUUAAGAAUAUAGCAUUGUGCCCUCUGUAGUAAGUAGCUUUUUGUGUUUUAAAAAGCAGACUUUGAAGCCUGAUUAUAAUUGGGGUGGGGGGAAUGGACAUCAUAAUCUUCUAAGUAGAAGAUUGCUUCCACAGCCAAGCUUAGAGGUAUUCCCAAACAGUUGCUUUUUAUUAUGUGAUGUUCCAUCACUCAUCACAUUUCUGGUAGAAUAUGCCAACUCAAGAGUAGAGUACUCUUAGCUGAGAAAAAGAUGAUGUGAUUCUGAGGUAGUUCAGGGCUGGGACUUUGUGAAUGUCCUCCAAACAUUGUUGGACUCCCACUCAUAACAACCUCAGCUAGCGGUAUGUCCAGAGAUCAGAUUAUAGAAACUCGUUCAACAGUUUCUGGAAGUGGAAUUUAGGCUCCCAAUAUAGAUAAAUUAUCAGCUAGAAACAAAAUUAUAAAUAGUCAUAAAAUGCAAAUAAGGAUAAGUUUACUGAGACCAUAAACCCAAACCAACCUUUAUUUUGUAUUCUAGCAAAUAGUUUCAUCUCCCGGAAGUAGUUCUGUAGAUUCCAACACUUCAUUCCUAUGAUCUU